AUGUGGUUCUGGGUUUUCUGUGUUCUGAAUUGUGCCAUUUGCCACGCUAUUUUACCUCAAGAUUGUCGAGGAGAUUGUGGAUGUUUUCCGUUAGAUUAUCCAUUUGCUUUUGAUUUCAAUCAUCGACCAUUUACUCCGCCCUCUUAUUGCUCUGAUGCAAAUUUUUAUUUGUAUACACCUCAAAAUAGAAAUAAUGCGAAUAUAAUUAAUUCUUUCCAAGUAUCUGACGUUAAAAAUUCCAAUUUUGAUCCAUCAAAAACUAGUUAUUUUAUCGUCCAUGGAUGGUUUGGUAACGGGAGUUUGGUAUGGGUGCAGACAUUAAAAAAUAAAUUAUUAGACUAUGAAAAUUGUAAUGUUAUUGUUAUGAAUUGGGGAAAAGCGGCGAAGGAUGUCAAUUAUAUGAAUGCAAGUGCUAACACCAGAAUGUGUGGAAGUUUCUUAGCUUUAUUUAUUCAGUUACUUCAGGUGAUUUUUAUGAUGAUUUUUUUAAUCCUUGGAGCGCAUUUAUGUGGCUAUGCUGGCAAGAGACUUGGAGGUGAAUUAGGAGGAAUUUUAGCUUUAGAUCCAGCAUAUAAAGAUUAUCAGCAUGUAAAUACUGUUGUACAUCUUGAUAUAUUCUCUGCAAAUAUCGUGAUCGUAAUCUCAACAGGCCUUCCGUGGGAUGUGCCACCUGGACAUUUGAAACUUGCAUUCGGACAUAUCACUUUCCAUGUUAAUGGGGGAAGAAAACAACCCGGUUGUAGAAUAAUGAGUAAUCGAAAGAGACGUUCAGAAAUCACUCAAGAAAGUUUACAAGCUUCAGUUUAUUGUAAUCAUAAUCGAGCUUUCCUGUAUCUUAUUGAUUCUUUCGAUAAUAAAGAUUGUCCAUUUUAUGGAUACGAAUGUGAUAACUAUGAAAAUUUUCAAGGAGGAAAAUGUAAUCGUGCCUGUAAUCGAGGCAAUCCAUAUUGUUUCUCACUGGGAAUCGAAAUCUUACGUACAAAAUUAAGAAGCAAAUCUUCAGUUAUUAACCUUUUUAUGCAAACUGCACCCGUUUCUCCUUAUUGCCAUAUUCACUAUUACGUGAGGGUGAUUUGCAACAGUGAUAUUCAUAAAAUAUGGAUGUAUGGUAGAAACACGGAUGAAUUACAUGUUAAAUUGCAUGGUUCUCUCAGAACUACCGAUUAUAUCAUCGCUUACAAACUUGGCAUCAAAUACAAUUCGAGACCUUAUGUGGAAUUCUUGAUAAGUUUUCGUAAUUUGGGAGACAUUCGUAAAAUAACAUUACUUUUGAAAAAGAAGAAGGAGGAUAAACUUAUAAAUAGGGUUAUGGGUAUUGAGGAUUCUUGCCAAAAUUAUACUCGUAUAAAUUCUUGUGAAGUUACCUCUACUGAUAACAAUUACUGCGAAAGAUGCCCUUAUUAUGUAAUGGAAAUAAAUGUUCUCAAUCUGGAGACUGGAACAAAGUAA